UUUCCACGUGUCUCGCAAUAAGCAAACGUAGGUCCCUGGAGACGGGCGCAAAUCGAUUUGAAUGUAAAUUGCAGCCUUCAUAGGUCAGAGUCGUCCUCCAUAAAACACCACAGAUCCUGAUUGGGCCGUACUCCGCGCGCACUUACACCAUGCUCUCAUUCAACAUGAGCAUUCCUCUUUCAGUGGAUUUCGAUCAUCCCGAAGACUACUUAAUUUUUAUCUUCCACAUUCUAUUUGCAACUAGUGUUGUCCUCCUCGCGGGCUCAGUUGUAGUUGGAAUCUUGAAAACGAAGAACCUUCGACUUCAAAACAGAUUUAUUUUCAUGCUCAACACCAGCAUUAGCGACACACUAACUGGGUUCUCCGUGUAUUAUCUUGGUCUAUUUGACGUAGAGGAGGGAUACCCGUCGAGGAACAGUACACUUUACGUUCUGCCUACUCUUCUUGGAGUAAAUAUCCUCACAUUUCUAUUUGCGCAAAUUGACCGCUAUUUCGCCGUUUGCCAUCCUUUCUUCUACUGCCGCUACAUUAAGCGACCGAUUGUCGUUGGGAUUUGUGUGUUUUGCUGGUUGGACACAUAUCUUUUAUUAAUAGUGAAAAGUGUCGUCCCUGUUUCAAAAGCUGCACAAAUAAAUGCAUUUAGCGUUUUGAGCAUACAGAUAAUUGUGCUCACUAAAGUGCUCAUGACUAUAAAGUUGUAUGUAAUUGCCAGGUAUCAGCUUGCACGAGACCCGCCAAGCGCCGAAAGGGAGAACAAGAAGGAAUCGCUGAGGAUAAUAAUAUUUGUUGUCAUAUGUUUCUUAACGCUGUGGUGCCCCUCCUUCGUCAACAUUAUUGUGAAACAGGUGACAGUGCACGGUAUUCGAUUCAGGAACGAAGCCACGAACCUCUUUGCUAUUAUGGCGCGAUUUAACGCGCUUACAACUCCGGCCGUGUACGUCUGGGGAAGCCCCGCGCUGCGCGAGGCUGUGAAGGAUACUGUCUGGGGGAGAGUGUGUCCAACGCGGAAAGCAAGGUCCAAUAUUCAGCACGGAGGCGGCGAGAAGCGUCGACAAAAAACGCGCGUAUCGCGGGAGAAAAUACCGUGAAGCUUGGAGGAAGCAGCAGAGUCACCAAAACGAAGAGGUCUUUGUUCAUAUUCCAUGUAAAACUCUUCCACUGUUUAAAAUAAGUUAAUAAAAGGUCCCCUCCUAUUUGCAUUUUACAUGCUCCCACUCGGUCAUAUUAACAGGCAACACAUUGUCAGUUUUCACAGUUAUGCAGGUGACGCUCAAUUAUACAUUUCCGUUGAGCCAAACGACCCAAAUGCCCUGUGCUUCUCGGCCAGUUGCUUGGCUUCUGUCAAUCAAUCGAUGAGUGACAGGUGUUUUAAAUUAAAUGAGGAAGAGACAAAGAUACUUUUAAUUGGACCCAAAUCUAACACGGACACUCUUCUUAAUAGACUCAGGGACCUUGCUCACCAGAUUAAAUCAGAAGUAAAAAAGCCUUGGUGUAAUUUUAGACUCUGAUUUGAGUUUUAAAGCCCAUAUUUGCAAAGUGACCAAGACGGCAUUCUUUCACUUGAGAAACAUGACCACAGGACGGCCGUUAUUAUCACGACAGGAUGCUGAGAAAUUAAUUCAUGCUUUAAUUUCUAGUAUGCUGCAUUGUUGUAAUACCCCACACACUGGCCUUUCAUAAAAGUCAACAGAGAUACCGCAACUUAUUCAGACUUCCAACAAAAACCUGGACAAGAGACAAUAUUCUCCUGUUUUAGUUUCCCUACAUUGGCUCCCUAUUUAUUUUAGAAUUGAUUAGAAGGUCCUUUUACUCAUAUACAAAGCUCGUAUUGGUAUACCUCCUUCUUAAAUCCCUGACUCCUCAACAUUUUAUCACCCAACACGAGCCCCUAGGUCCUUUGAUGCCGGUCUUUUAAAUGUGCCCAGUGCAUCACAAACAAAGAAAGCGGAGAAUCCGCGUUUGCCCACUGAGCCCCUGAGCUGUGGACCCCCCCACCCAAGGAUGUGAGACAAGCGGACUCGGUGGGGACAUUUAAAGGCAAACUUAAAACCUGCCUAUUUACUUCAG